AUGGUAGCGUCUAUUCGUUCCGAGUCGCCCAUCUGGCAAAAUCAGGUAGAUGCUGCGAGAUGGACAUGGGUAUUGCCGUUAUUGGCCACCAGUCUCAGUCUCUUGUGGAUUUUAGUACAACGAUACUACCGUGCCGGACUGUCCAAAUUCCCAGGACCGGCAUUGGCCGCUGUGAGUGGCUUCUACAAGACUUAUGUUGAGGUCUUCCAACAGGGUUGCUUUGUUCACAAAUUGGAAGAGCUACAUGCCAAGUAUGGAGAUGUUGUGCGCACUGGGCCAAAUGAGUUACAUUUCCGAAAUCCCUCGGCGUAUGCAGACAUCUACAACAUGAAGAAUCGCUGGGAUAAAGACCCCAAGCUUUAUGAAGCAUUCGGUGAAUCCGACUCUUCCUUUGGCAGGCUGUCUUAUCGCGCGGCCAAGGAGCGCAAGAACGUCUUGCAGUCGUUGUUCUCCAAAAAAGCUGCCGUCCAAACCCACGAGCUGAUCGAAGCCAAGGUAGUUGAGCUGUGUAACGCAUUCGAGAAAUCAUCAGGUGCUCCGGUCGAUCUCCUCGGGGCCUUCAGAUGCUUGUCAAUUGAGACUAUUGCAUAUAUCUUCUGCGGUCAGUCCGUGGGUACUUUGCAAUCACUCGAUUUUGAUCCACCUCUUUUGCAAGCAAUGGACGAGUCUGUCAACUAUAUCAUGCUUAUGAAGCACUUUCCGAUCCUCCAAACUCUUAUGCAACGUUGCCCCCCGUGGCUAGCUAAAAUUCUGAGCCCGAAGGCAAGCGGAAUGGUUGACUUCCGGGAGUUUUUGGAUCAGCAAGUCAGCACCCUUAUGGCAGACAGAAAAAAGCUCGACAAUCUUCCGCAUUCUUCCACCAUCUACCAUCUUCUACUAGGCCCGGAGGUCUCUGCACCACCGUCACACCUUAGUAUUCUUGAAGAAACACAGACCCAGGUUUUUGCUGGAGAAUCUUCGGGGCUAACGCUGAUGCAUGGAUCGUUUCAUAUUGUUCAGACACCGCGAGUAUAUCAAAAGCUCAAAGAGGAGCUCAUUGCUACGUGGCCGAAUCUUGAUCAGCCACCAAGUCUUGCGACGCUGGAGCGAUUGCCCUACCUCAAUGCUGUCGUUAAGGAGUCUUUACGAAUGGGUGGAGGAGCAACUUCUCCUCUCCUCCGUGUUGUUCCCGAAACUGGCGCCAUCAUCGAUGGUGUACUUAUUGCUCCGGGAACUGUUGUUGGCUCGAGCAGUCACUUUGUCCAUCGAAACGGGGAUAUCUUCCAUGACCCCGAUGAAUACAUUCCGGAAAGAUGGAUGGAUGGGCGCGGAGAUGAGCUUGAGCAACAUCUAGUUGCAUUCGGACGAGGUCCACGACGCUGUAUUGGAGAAAAUUUUGCUUGGGUCAUUCUCUUAACAUGUAUCGCCCACUUUUAUCGCAAGUUCAACGUUGAGCUUGAUCCCUCCAGUCCCACAAAGUUGGACUGGAAGGAUAGAUUUGUUCCAGUGUAUUCCACACCGCACCUCACUGUGAGAGUGAGCAAAGUGAUCCUAUAG